CUCUACCUCAACCAUCACCAACAUCAAGAACAACGACAAGGAAUUCAUCAGUAAUGGAGUCCUUCUGACCUCGCUCGUCGCCACUUCUAUCAAGCCUAGGCAAGAUAGAGUCUGUCACCACCCCACGGUUACUCAACUCUCAACUCUCAACUCACCCCUCCCAGUCCACUCGUCCACCCGGACCUGUGAACAAACGAGACUUCGUCGUCGCCCCCAGCGCCCCGGACUCUUCACCCACCGCAACCAUUAACGCGUUGGAUUUCACAUCCUUCACCACGGCUCACCAGCAACCAUGGCGUCUUUCAACCCAAGCACCAUCGACUGCAUCGUCGCAGAACAAUAUCCAACACAGCUUCAACCAGGACUUUCAGCUAUUCGACGUCCCCGAGACUUCGCAAGUCCCUCCGACAGCCUCGCGUGCGCAGGCGACAUUGAGUAUAGCCCCUAAUCACUCGAGACCACUGCAGACCAGGCAUCUCUCCCUUUCCAACCGAGUGUCUCCAACAACCCAGUCUUCUCUGUCCCAGUUCUCAGGCAAUACCAAUCAUCGGUCCUUUUCCAGUCCAUCUUUGCAUAAACGACUAUCUGCACAGCAUUUGCGUCAGCUUGCUCAUUCGCAAUCUCUCUCGCACUCGCGCCCACCUGUUCCACUAUUCAACGCACCCGCGCCCAAUCAACGUCAGUCUCGACCUACUGUGACCAUCCCACAAGGCUUCAUGUCUAGUGCUUUUGACCAGAUGUAUCUCCCGGGAGGUGAUUUGCUCGCCUCCCAGGACGACUUCUUCAACAUUGGCGCCAGCUACUCGGCCAACACGGAUUUCAAUGCGUCCAGCACCGCCACUGCGAGUGGCACCGUCUCCCCGUCUGAAUUGUUCAGGGAUGACUACACAAUGUCUGCUCCACCUUCUACCGCUUUCCCCAACUUCAGCACUCCGGAAUCUGGCUAUCUCGAGUCUCCUGCUAUGCCUAGCAGUGGAUUGAACACCUCCCCUCUUGAGGAUGGUCUUCUUGACAGCCAGCUCAACUACUCCGAGCUUGAAGGCAUGGCUCCACUCUUCCCCCAGGAUGAGUUUGAUCAAUUUGCCCAGCAACCUGUUCCCACCGCCGAGCAACUGAACGCAAGUUUUGCGUCGGUCAACUCCAAGCCAGCUAAGCAAGCCGAGCCGGUUGCGCCCAUGGUUCGACAGAAGUCUUCUCCCGGUCGACCACCGUCUCAGCCAUUGAUUCAUGGCCGGAAGUUGUCCGAUACCGUUGGUAUCAACAAGUCGAAGAUGCGCAAAACCUUGCCCGAAAUCACCAUUGACAGUGAGGACGACAAGGAAACUGCCAAGCGGAAGAAGAACACUGCUGCCGCCCGAAAGUCUCGGCAGAGGAAGCAAGAGCAUACUGAACUUCUCACCACUGAGAUCCAACGCCUGCGGGCAAUGGUUCUCCGACUUGGUGGAGAUCCUGACGCUGAUUGAAUGAAUAUGGACUCCAGAGGCAAUCUUGUGCAACUGCCUCUUUUGACGUCGGACACCCCGUUCCUCGUCUCAUUUGAUUGCAAUGCAAUUGGAGCAAUUCCAUUUGCAGAUCCUCUUUAUGCAUCCUUGGAUCAACACUUGAACGCUGUGUCUAUCUCGACAUGAUGGACCAUGCAGCUCCAUGGCGCUUGGGGUUGAAUAUUCUUAUCGGGCUGAGAGCCAGGAGGGCUGCCCUUUUCAACCGCCACGUCAACACAAUUUCAUCCUUGUACAUUGUGAUUUUCGACCCAAAAAAAGCCAUCAUCGGAGUUGAUGUGUAUCUUUCUAAUCGCCUGAGAGGUACACAGGCUUCUCCUCGCUUCUAUCACAUGGCUACACCUCCGAUUGUUUUGCCUCAAUUUUUGCUUUCUUGCGCCAUGCCCGCAAUGACUCGACAACUACUUGACGGAACGCAGAACUGCGGGAUAGUUGGGGGAAGUACCGAGUAUUGGGGUCGAUGGAUCUUUUUUUUUCCUGCUACUUUCCGUUAUUUCACGUCAUAAGGAAACGGCCGGUUCUGACUGUCUCCGAGAGGAUUGACUCGUGGCCUUUGUUUUCAGUUGCGAUCGCUUUCCGCUCCAUCCAACGAUGUGGAAUGUGUCUCGCUGAGAGUCACCAGAUAACAUCCAUACAUUCUUUUUAUCGUUCAGAGCACACAACGCGCAAAACACCUUUUGAGUGUCUUUGCCGUAGCCUCACUAGCUAGCUAGAUUUUAGAGGUCCAAAAAUGCAACUUCAGUCACUCCCA